AUGGGUGAUGGAGGUGGAGAUAGGUUUGAAAUGAAGGCUGAUGGAGGUGGGUUUCAGCUGGUGGUGGAGGGGAUUUCUGAUGGAGGUAGGGAUGAGUUUGAAAUGAAGGCUGGUGGAGGUGGGUUUCAACUGGUGGUGGAGGGGAUUUCUGGUGGAGGUGGGUUGGUUACAAAAUCAAGGUUGGUGGAGAUUUCGCCUAGGGCUGGUAGUAUUGUUGCUGAUUUCGUAGGCGGUGGAGCUGAAACAGGUGCUGUUGAUUUGUCUCACUUGAAAGAGGUUAGGGCUCAGACAUGGGAGGAAGAAGGAAAAUAA